AUGUCUGAGCUAGCAGCGGCAUCUCCAUCAGCUGGACCCAGUCCUUCAGUCGUCGACGCGCCCUUGACAACCAGGCUGCCUUACAACGUGCCUCAAGACAAUGACAUCCAGAUACCUGCAUACGCACGCAUUUCUACGCGCGCCGAGCAUGACCUGCGCCGCUUGUAUGAGGCGGUUCGUCAGGCGCGUCGUAUUACUGUCGUGUGUGGCGCAGGAGUCUCUGUAUCAUCGCCAGCGAAUAUACCCGACUUUCGCUCGGCGUCAGGCCUUUUUGCCACUCUAAAAAAACGAUACCCAGAGAGUGGCUUGUCGAGUGGCAAGGACUUGUUCGAUGCACGCCUUUUCCAAUCAGAGAGCUCGACGGCAUUUUUCAAUUCGAUGAUCGCCGAGCUGAAAGACUUGUCUGACGCGGCGCAGCCCACGCUAUUUCAUCACAUGCUCAAGCGCCUUGAUCGAGAGGGGCGGCUUCAGCGCGUGUAUACCCAGAACAUCGAUGGUUUAGAAGAAAAGGCUGGUCUUACUCUUGGCUUUGGUUCACCGGGCGCGUCAAUUCCCACAAGCAAACGCAAGCGUGAGCCAGUGAUGCGGACACAGUCACGACAACAUCUAUUUGCUCGGUCGCAAUCCGAUUCAUCUGUAAUGCAUGGCUCAUCGACACAGGACCGAGGUGCAUGCCAACCGCUCUUUCCGCGUGCUAUUCCCCUCCACGGCAGUCUAGCUAGUAUGACAUGUGUGCUCUGUUCACACAAGUUACGCCUCGAGCGGAAUCAGACGCAGGCUGAACAGGCGUUGCAUUCUCUGCACCAUGGCGAACCUGUGUGGUGCGAACAAUGCGAGAUUACGGACCAACUACGCACCGAAGCUGGCUUGCGAUCGCGUGGGAUUGGACGAAUGAAGGUCGAUGUGGUCUUGUACAAUGGAGAAAACGAGACAGCCGAACACGUAGGGGCGUGUGUGGAACGUGACUUGCUUGGCCUGCGCGAUCCGUGUGAGCCAGACGUGCCGGAAACACCAGCCGAAACACGCGCCCGUGAGCGCCGUGAACGUCAAGCCAGAGAAAGUGCAAAUCCAGCGGAUGCGGGGCUCGGCUUGAGUGUCUUGUCCGGCGAGAUAAAAGCUGAGGAUGCUUUGGCCAGUGCUUUUAAUGAAGAGGCGACAGACCCUGCCGUUGUCGAGCAGUCUCGCCGCCCACGCCGACUCAAGCCCUUGCCGCCCGAUUUGCUUAUUGUCGCCGGUACAAGCUUGAAAGUGCCUGGAACGAAGCGCAUUGUGCGUGAGUUUGCCAAAGCAUGUCACUCUCGCGAUUCUGAACGGAAAAAAGAGCCCCCUGUUCGGACCGUAUACCUAAACUAUGACUUUCCUUCAGCGGCAAGCGAAUGGACCGGGGUUUUUGAUAUGUGGGUUCAAGGCGACGUGCAGCAAGCUUCUGUAGGCCUCUGCACACCUUUGGAAAGCAAGGCAGCUGCAGGCGCAGAUCCGCUCGUUGAGUCGUUGGUGGCUCAGCACUCAUGGCAUGCGUACCCACAAACGCCGUCCCUGCAAGGGUCCAAGAAACGUUUGGAUUCUUUCCAAGAACCUGUUUCUGUCUCUACUCCAGCGUCUUCCUAUAAGCGACAAUUGCAAUCGCUACCUCAGUCACAAUCUCUGUCACAAUUGCAAUCGCAAUCGCAGUCACAGUCACAAGCACAAGCACAAGCACAACAGCAAUCGAGAAAAGUCUUGAAAAAGACUCCUGUCGCCCAACUCGGCAUGGUGUCUGGCAAGCUGAGCUCAUUCUCUGCGAGCCGCACAGGGAAAGCUAUCGAUAUUCAUGAGAAUCGCUCUAUCCGUGCGCAGCCUCAGCCACAUAUACAGUCAAAAGACAAACAGCCACGAACUUAG